AUGCGCAACCCCUUCGAUCUAGACGAUGAGAGCGUCGACGGAGCCUCUGAGCCCGCGGAUGAGCCCCGCAACUUCGCCAACGAACAUGAGAACUCUCUGCCAAUUCGCCCGAUAGAGACCGAUGAUGGUGAUCGCGCUUUGAUCCAGGACGAGGAGCGACGAAGCGAUGACCUCAAGGAACGUUUUAUUGGUACCAUUGAUCAGGGUACGACCAGUACUCGAUUUAUUAUCUUCGACUGUACAGGAGUUCCCAUUGCCAAAUAUCAGACCGAAUUUCGUCAAAUUCAUCAGCAUCCAGGAUGGCACGAACAAGACCCUUACGAAUUGAUUGAGUCGGUUUUCAUUUGUAUUGAAGAAGCUAUGAAGACUUUCCUCGCCUUAGGUCACUCCCGAGCCGACAUCGAGGCGGUUGGGAUCACCAGUCAACGAGAGACUACUUUGGUCUGGGACUGGGAAACAGGCGAACCGCUGCAUAACGCCAUUACUUGGACUGAUACGCGAACUAUGAAUUUGGUCCGUGAGCUCAAGGAAAAGCCGGGCGCCGACGAACUGGUAAAUCUGUGCGGUCUGCCCCUGUCCACAUACCCCUCUUCCGUCACUUUACGGUGGAUGCUGGACAACCUGCCCGACGUCCGCUCAGCCUAUGACGACGGUCGGGCUGCCUUCGGAACCGUCGACAGCUGGCUGAUUUACUGUCUCAACGGAGGCCCCCAAAACAAGCGCUUGGUUACCGAUGUCACCAAUGCCUCCCGCACUAUGUUCAUGAACCUCGAAACCCUCCAGUACGACGACAAGCUGCUUAACUUUUUCGGCAUUGACCGCACUAAGAUCCGACUCCCCGAAAUUCUCCCCUCAGCGGACCGGGAAGGCUUCGCUGCCUCGGUGACCAAGCAGCGGCGCUGGUCGGCCACUGCGCCUUCACCCCCGGGAUCUGCCAAGAACACUUAUGGCACGGGUUGCUUCCUGCUUUAUAAUGUUGGUGAAAAGCCUGUCAUCUCCAAGCACGGCCUUUUGGGUACUGUGGGAUUCCAACUUGGUCGGGAUCGGAAACCUGUGUAUGCGCUGGAGGGUAGCGUAGCGGUCGCAGGCAGUGGUAUCUCAUUCCUCAUGAACAAUAUGGGAUUUUUCCGCGAGUCGCGUAAAGUGAGUGAUCUGGCUGCUACCGUGCCGGAUAGUGGAGGCUGCGUCUUCGUUACUGCAUUCAGUGGUCUUUUUGCUCCUUACUGGAUUGACGACGCCAAGGGAACAAUCUGGGGUAUUACCCACCAUACCCAGCGAGGGCACAUUGCCCGUGCAACCAUGGAAGCCGCUUGUUUCCAGACCAAGGCCAUUCUAGAUGCAAUGGAGAUGGAUAGUGGCCAGAAGCUGACCGAGUUGGCUGUUGAUGGUGGCAUGAGUAACUCGGAUAUUUGCAUGCAGGUAAGCAUUACCCCCAAGGGUGUCUCAAAGCCGUCUGAACACUUGCUUAUCCAAUUUCCCUUCCAGACGCAAGCAGAUAUUAUUCAAAUCCCCAUUGAACGCCCCGCAAUGCACGAGACCACAGCCCUCGGCGCAGCCAUUGCAGCUGCUUUUGCCAUCGACGUCUGGAAAGACUUCAACGAUCUUAAAUACAUGAACCGCGCUAACCGCGCCACCUUCGUACCCCAUAUCUCCCCUAAAGCCAGCGCACGCAUGUACAAUAAGUGGUCCAAAGCUGUGGAGAUGUCGCGCGGUUGGAUGAGUGGCAAGGAAGAAUCGGACGAUGAUGAAUAA